AUGAUGUCAUACGUGAAAGUAAUGAUCAUAUGGAACAUACUUUGCGUACCCAUGGUGAUCCUUUCACUGUCCUUGAUUCAAGAAGUGUCUUCUGAAGAUUUAUCAAGCUGUACAGGGAGAUGUGGGGAAGGGUAUUCUAGAGAGCAUGACUGCCACUGUGAUUUUAACUGUCAACACUACAUGGAGUGCUGCCCUGACUUCAAGAAAUUCUGCACAGUGGCACUCUCCUGCAAAGGACGUUGCUUUGAAGCCUUUGAAAGAGGAAGAGAGUGUGACUGUGACGUAGACUGUGAAAGAUAUGGCAAAUGUUGCCCAGACUACACAGAACACUGUAAAGAGGCACACACAGAAAAGGCAUCACCAAAAACUCCUCCAGCAAACAAAUCAGCAUCUAAAAGGUCAUCCAAAAAUGAGGAAAAGAAGCCAGAGGAAAUAACGCAGCCCCAUGAAGUUAUGGAAGAUAAUGGCAGUGGACUGGAAAAUAAAGCGACCAGUCCUGCUCCAACUACAAAACACCCUGAUACAACCACAACAAUCAAAGCAACUACAUCAGGUCCAAAACCCACUUUACCGCCUACUACAAGUACUACCAUAAAAGCAACAACUACCAAAGAGACCACAAUGGGUCAGAAAGAUGCCCCUGCGACAACAGCAGCACCAACAACCAACACAGACUCUCCCACCACCCAGAAGCCUGAAGACACAAAUCCUGAAGCCACAGAGGCACCAUUGACAGAGGCAGACUAUCCUACCACCGCUAAGGUUGAAGAUAUGACUGCUGAGGCCACAGAGGAACCGAUGACCGAAGCAGACUCUCCCACCACACCCAAAGCAGAAGGCACAACCCCUGAAGCCACAGAGGCGCCAACAACAAAGGCACACUCUCCCACAACUCCUAAGGUUGAAGAUAUGACCCCUGAGGCCACAAAGGAACUGAUGACUGAAGCAGACUCCCCCACCACCCCCAAACCUGAAGAAACAACCCCUGAAGACACAAAGGUGCCAACAACCAAGGCAGACUCUCCCACCACCCCCAAACCUGAAGACACAACCCCUGAAGCCACAGAGGCACCAACGACCAAGGCAGACUCUCCCACCACCCCCAAGCCUGAAGAGACAACCCCAGAGGCACCAACGAAUGAGGCAGACUCUCCCACCACCCCCAAACCUGAAGAAACAACCCCUGAAGCCACAGAGGCACCAACAACAAAGGCACACUCUCCCACCACACAAAAACCUGAAGACACAACCCCAGAGGCACUAACGACCGAGGCAGACUCUCCCACCACCCCCAAACCUGAAGACACAACCCCCGAGGCACCAACGACCAAGGCAGACUCUCCCACCACCCCCAAACCUGAAGACACAACCCCUGAAGCCACAGAGGCACCAACAACCAAGGCAGACUCUCCCACCACCCCCAAACCUGAAGACACAACCCCUGAAGCCACAGAGGCACCAACAACCAAGGCAGACUCUCCCACCACCCCCAAACCUGAAGACACAACCCCUGAAGCCACAGAGGCACCAACGACCAAGGCAGACUCUUCCACCACCCCAAAAGCUGAAGACACAACCCCUGAAGCCACAGAGGCACCAACGACCAAGGCAGACUCUCCCACCACCCCAAAAGCUGAAGACACAACCCCUGAAGCCACAGAGGCGCCAACGACCAAGGCAGACUCUCCCACCACCCCAAAAGCUGAAGACACAACCCCUGAAGCCACAGAGGCACCAACGAGCAAGGCAGACUCUCCCACCACCCCCAAACCUGAAGAGACAACCCCUGAAGCCACAGAGGCAUCACUGACAGAGGCAGACUCUCCCACCACCCCAAAAGCUGAAGACACAACCCCAGAGGCCACAGAGGCAUCACUGACAGAGGCAGACUCUCCCACCACUCCGAAACCUGAAGACACAACCCCAGAGGCACCAACAACCAAGGCAGACUCUCCCACCACCCCCAAGCCUGAAGAGACAACCCCUGAAGCCACAGAGGCACCAAUGACCAAGGCAGACUCUCCCACCACCCCAAAAGCUGAAGACACAACCCCAGAGGCCACAGAGGCAUCACUGACAGAGGCAGACUCUCCCACCACUCCGAAACCUGAAGACACAACCCCAGAGGCACCAACAACCAAGGCAGACUCUCCCACCACCCCCAAACCUGAAGACACAACCCCAGAGGCACCAACAACCAAGGCAGACUCUCCCACCACCCCCAAACCUGAAGACACAACCCCUGAAGCCACAGAGGCGCCAACGACCAAGGCAGACUCUCCCACCACCCCCAAACCUGAAGAGACAACCCCUGAAGCCACAGAGGCACCAACGACCAAGCCUGUGACUCCCACCACUCCGACACCUGAAGACAGAACCCCAGAGGCCACAGAGGCAUCACUGACAGAGGCAGACUCUCCCACCACCCCAAAAGCUGAAGACACAACCCCAGAGGCACCAACAACCAAGGCAGACUCUCCCACCACCCCCAAACCUGAAGACACAACCCCAGAGGCACCAACAACCAAGGCAGACUCUCCCACCACCCUGAAACCUGAAGACACAACCCCAGAGGCACCAACAACCAAGGCAGACUCUCCCACCACCCUGAAACCUGAAGACACAACCCCUGAAGCCACAGAGGCACCAACGACCAAGCCUGUGACUCCCACCACCCCAAAAGCUGAGGAGACAACCCUGGGCGCCACAGAGGCACCAAUGACCAAGGCAGACUCUCCCACCACCCCCAAACCUGAAGACACAACCCCAGAGGCACCAACGACCAAGGCUGACUCCCCCACAACCCCAAAAGCAGAAGACACAACCCCAGAGGCCACAGAGGCACCAAUGACCAACGCUGACUCUCCUACCCCCCCUAAACCUGAAGACACAACCCCGGAGGCUCCAACCACCAAGGUAGACUCUCCCACUACCCCUAAACUGGAGGAGGCAGAGGCAGACUCUCCCAACACCCCUGAGGUUAAGGGGACUACCCCUGCAGCUACUGAGGCUGACACCACUGCCAUACAGAAAACAACACCUCUUGAAAUGACAACUACUGUCCCUGGAUUAGUAACAACUGCUAAAAAAGACACAACCACUCAAAGCCGUGAGGUGGUCACAACUAGGAAGGAAACACCCAUACCUGAAGCAGACACGACAGUUUCAGAAACAAUAGCAGAGAAGAAAAUUACAACUGCACCCAAAGUAGCAACCAGCACAACUGCAAAAGACACAACUACAGCAGUAGAAAGGAUAGUGGUGACUGCAGCUAGGACUACUGAGAUUGUAAGAAUACCGGACAAAAAAGACAAAACAACAGCUAAAACUGUUACUACUCCUAUAACCAAAGAGACAACAACUAAAAUAGAAAUAACCACCGUGAACAAAGACAUAACUACACCCAAGAAAGACAAAACUACUGUCCUUAAAGACAUUUUAACAACAAAAAGUAGGAAAUACACAACUACUGUAACUACAGUUAUAACAGCUAAACCAGAUGACUCUCCUAAAGUUAAGGAUGAUAUUCCCAAUACAACUUCUACAGCCAAGGAAGCUGUCACUACAGGAGCUGAAUCAGAAGCAACUACUGCAGACAAAAAGACUACAACAACGGCUGCAGAAAAAGAAGCAAGCCCAGCUAAACAAGACAAGACUCCCAUACCAAAAGAGACUUUAACAGCUAAAAAAGAAGAAAACCCUGUGGGAACAGCAACUGUAACAACAGCAGCCACAGCAGCUACAACUCCAUUGCCCAAGCCCACUGUGUUGGCAACAACUGACAAAACAGAUUCAACUCCUAAACCCAGGGAGAUUGUAACAACAAAUAAUAGAAACACAACUAUGGAAACUAAGCAGACUGUAACAGCAGCAGCUAAAGAGAGCACAAGUAGUAUUUGUGUUGUAGAGACAACAACAGCUGGUAAAGACAUAACAACCAUCAAAAAAACUAGCAUCACACCUGAAAAAGAAAUGGGAGAUGACACUGAAAAGGCCCCUACUAUUGACAAAGGAGGGGAAACUACAGUUACCAAACAGACCACUACAAGAGAUAAAAAAGACACCAUAGAAGAAAUGCUUAUUGUUUCUAAAGGGACAUCCAAGCCAACUAUACAUUUCCAGGAGGUUACUGACACGAGAGAUGAGCCUCAUCCAGCUGACCCUGAAACUCUGCCAAUAAAAGAGGAACCCGACACAAACAACAAGCCUUUAAUACAAACUGUGGACUUGCCAAUUCUAACUGGAGAAACACAAGAGAAAGACCUGUGCAGCGGGAAGCCGGCAGAUGGCAUGGUGGCCCUGCCGAACGGCACUCUGGCCGUCUUCCGAGGUCACUACUACUGGCUGCUGAACGGCAGGAGCCGGCCGACCACCAGCCCCCGCCGAAUCAGCGACGGCUGGGGCAUCCCGUCCCCCAUCGACGCCGUCUUCUCCAGGUGCAACUGCGAUGGCAAGACCUUCUUCAUCAAGGGUCCCCAAUACUGGCGUUUCACUAAUGGUGUUAUGGAUAAAGGCUAUCCCAAACCUCUUGCAAACGGAUUUGCAGGCCUACGUGGGAAAAUAGUAGCAACCCUCCCCGUGGCAAGAUACAACAACAGACCAGAAUCUGUUUAUUUUAUCAAAAAAGAUGGCAAUAUGCAACAGUAUGUGUACAAACAAGAACCAGCCAAGAAGUGUCAAAGAAGAACCCAGGUUACCAUAAGAUACCCACCUUAUGUCCCAAGACUUGUAAUAAGGAGACGCUUUCAACGUGCAGUAAGAAUGCCAACCGUUAUUCAGACUGUUAGAAUCAACCCGUAUCCAUCUGGAGUUUUGCAUGAGGAAAUCAAAAUGACUGCCUACUGGAGAGGGCUCCCGAAAGUUAUUCAUUCAACUGUAUCACUACCCAACUACAAUAAGCCAGAUGGCUACGAUUAUUAUGCCUUCUCUUACAAUCGGUACUACAGUUUGGAUGUUGGCAGAAGAAUAGCAAGACCUGUUACCGCUCUCACAGGAAAGACUGUAUCCAAAGACUGGUACAACUGUCCUAGCAAGUGAUGCAUAGUAGAGGAUUUUAAAAAAAGAUGCC